UAGGUCUUGUUUGAUAACAUUGCUCAAUACGCAUUCAUCAAUCAUCACUUGCACAAGAACACUACACACUACACUACCCGCUUCUGUUCAUCUAAUCUGAAUCAUGAUCUCUCUGUUGCUUCGUUUCAUCUCCUCAUAUCUACAAACUCUCCCUCAUUGUCUGGUCCUCUUCCUGCUCCAAACUGAACCGCAAAAUUUUUGUUUUUUUCACUGACAUUGUCCCUCUGUUGCGUUCACUGCGCACCGCGUGUUUGAUUAUUUGCCCAAGUAAAUGAUAGAGAACAUACGGUAUGGUGGAAUAUGUGCCUGCCUUUUGGUUUGUUUUGCGCAUGCACCUCGUUGUCAGGGUUUCGAGAUAUUGGUCUCCAAUAGAAGUUUUGGAUAUGUUUGCGAGGUCAGGAUUUGUCUUGCGAGGCUGAAAUUGAGUAAUUUUGAAUGUUGUUAAUGUGUUAUUCCCUAUUUGGAAAUUGGAAGCAUGUGACAAGUUAGUGAACUUCUAAAUUAGUUUGAAUAGUAUGAAAGAGUAGCUACAGUGAAUGUUGAGGCUGAGCUUGAAUAGCUCUGGACUGGAGCUCCAGUUCCCAGUUUAGCCUUCAUUGGUAGCAGAUUGAAGGUUGUUGCCUCAAGGCUUCCGAACAGCACGAUUUUUCCUCUGGAAGUUUCAAAAUUGUUGCUUGAGAGAUGGAGGGGUUUGCUUAUCAUUGUCAUGAGUUGAAAAGUGAAGUCCCUUUUGAUCAUGAACUCAUGAUGAUGGUAUUUCAGAUACAGGGUGCGAUUUGUUUCCAUUUUCCAGUCAAUCCUAUACUCCUUAGGCUAUUGUAAUCUUCUGCUAAUAAGGAGGAAUUAUUAUUGGGUUCUGAAAACAUGUUGAAACAAGCAAUUGGCAGAAUCUUCAGAACCGGUGUUUAUGCUUGUGAAGGAAAUAGAGUUUUGCCUUGGAUUUAUGUGCCUUCGAGCUUUUUCCACCAUGGACAAGCGCACAUGGCACCUAGAAGCUUUUUUGGGGUAGAGGAUUUCCUUGAUGAUGACAAUAGCCGACCUUACACAUACCAAAAAGGGAAGAAGUCAAAGAAUCCAAAUAAGCACAUAUCAUUCAAACAAAGAACAAUUGCCUACAUGGAACCUUUUACACUUGAUGUGUUUAUCUCAAAGCGCUUUGUAUCGGCUUCACUCACUCAUAGGGUAACAAGCAAACAGGUUGCAGUUGCCGGGACCAACUCCAAGGACAUAAAAGCUGUUCUUAGGUCUCGUUCAGACAUACCAGCAUGCAUAGCAAUUGGUAGGAUUUUAGCUGAAAGAGCAAAAGAAGCUGAUGUUUACACUGGUUCUUAUACUCCAAGGGACAGGGACAAGUUUGAAGGGAAAAUCAGAGCUUUAGUUCAAUCACUUAUUGAUAAUGGGAUUGAUAUCAAGGUUUAUCUUGAUUGAGUUUAGUCACUCAAGUUUGUGGGACUAUCAGUUAAGGUGUUGAUAUUUUGGUUGAAGCAGUAGGCCCCUUGUGUGUUUGAACAUGUCCAUUUAGUUUGGUUUUGAUGAUAAUGGGAAUAUCAUUAUUCGAAUUACAGAUUUGGUAAUUUAGUUUUAUGAAUGAGUUAUGUUGUCGUAA